AUGACGGGAUCGACGCUCGCGAAGACUAACGACGACAUCUUCGACCAACUAGCGCGAUUGAGUCAACUACGCACCCAGAGUCCCGCUCUUCAAGUUCCCCAGCGUGCACCCUCUGUCCCAAUUUCUUCCCCCUUGAGCUAUCAAUCUGGCCUCGGUAUGGGUUCGUCUCCUGUUCCUAUAGGUCAGCACAUGCAGCACCAACAGACUGGACUGCUACCGCCGCCGCAGCCACCCCAGCCUGUCAAUGGUCCCAGAGGACCACUGGCUCCUGUCCCAGCAAAUCAGUCAUUACUUCAGCCUCUGAUACCCACCACGACCGGGUUUAAUAAUUUCGUCCCUACUCGGCCCCAGAGUGUGCAAUCAUCUUUCCAAUCACAAGCACCGCAACCCUCAUUCCUUUCAACUCAGCCAACCGGUUUCCCUGGUUCUAAUCAGUCACUCUUACCACAAGCCACCGGAUUUCCUGGACCGGUCCCGAGUCCCAUUAUGGCACAGCCCACAGGUUUCAACGGGGGCAAUUUUUCUGCUGGCCCCAUGGUAUCACAACCAACAGGCAUGCCUGCCAACAACUAUGGAGGCCAAAUGGGUCAAAUGAAUGGUGGAUUUACCCCGACCCCGUCCUUCCAGAACGGCGGAGGGUUCGGCAUCCAAAGCAACCCCACAGGAUAUGCUUCUGGCUUCGGUCAAUCGCCUUUCGGCAAUGGUGCCUCGUCUCCUCCGGCUCCUCCCUCCCAGCCUGCAAUGAACACAUCUCCCGCGAAUAUCUUCGCGCAAAUGAAAAGUGGGACGUUCGCAAGCGACAAUACCUCGGUGCCACAGAGUGCGGAUAAAUACGACGCGCUCCGUCCUGCACCAUCUCCACUGACAGCGCAACCCACUGGAUGGGGUUACCAAGGGAUGAAUGUGAAUGGCGGAGCAUUCACGGGGGGAUAUGGUUACCAACACUGA